UCCCAACCAGUUUGCUAUCAUCCAAACUAAGUAAGAAAUCUCAGAUUCUUAAAUCAAUUUCAGUUUAUCGUUUCCAGCCACAAGAAGGAACCAAGAUGGGAGGUAACAUGUUCAAUUCUGUGUAUGUCGAUAGAUCAUCAGAGUCAUCCAACAUCCUUACCUUCCAUUCCACAGCUAAAUGGAAUGCUCAUUUUGAUGCCUUCAAACAAACUGACAAGCUGAUGGUGAUUGAUUUCACAGCUAAGUGGUGUCGACCCUGCAAACUCAUGAACCCAGUUAUCCAAGAGUUUGCAGCAAAAUACACAGAUGUUGAGUUCAUCAAGAUUGAUGUGGACGAGUUAUGGGAAGUGUCUCAAAAAUUCCAGGUGCAGGCACUGCCAGCUUUCAUACUCAUCAAGAAAGGCAAAGCCGUUGAUAAAGUGGUGGGGGUAAGAAAGGAGGAGCUGAAAAGUAUGAUUGAAAAACACAGAAAGUUAAUUUGUGGUCAUGAUACAAUGAUCAACUCAGAAAGGGUCCGCAGCUGCAUGUUCAACCCUGAUCAUCACAGGGGAACAAGAAAAUACCUUCAACUCAGAUUUCAUUAAGUUUGUGUCAUUAUUUUCACCAAAAUAAGAGAAAAAAUAGGUGUCAUUUUCACCAUCGCAAGUUUGCAAUGUCAUGUAUCGUAGAAGUGCUUACCUAAAAAAAAUGUAUCGUGGAAGUAUAUGCAAUGUGUAGGUGCCUGAGUUUAACCAUUUAUGGAGACAUACAAGGGCAUCAAAUGAGUACUAUCAAUAUGACUGGAUUCUUUAGAGUCA